UUAGUUAUUAUUUUGAAAUGCAUGUUUGGGAAACAGCAUGUCUUUAUAUGAAGAAUCGUGUCCAACUGCCUAUUUAUGAACGUGCGCACUUGUUCAUUUCAUUUUUGUGUCUCCCUUGUCUCUGCCCAAUGGCUCCAUCUUCUGUCACUGUCACUUCCCGCUUCCAUGAAUCCGUCACCCGAAAUGCACUUCGUUCCUACUUCGCUGAGUUUAUCUCCACUUUCUUCUACGUCUUUCUUGUCGUUGGCUCCGGAAUGUCCUCACGGAAGUUGAUGCCGGAUGCUUCACUGAACCCAACAAGUUUGGUUGUGGUUGCCAUUGCAAGCGCUUUUGCUUUGUCUUGUGUUUUGUACAUCGCAUGGGACAUCUCAGGUGGACACGUCAACCCGGCCGUGACCUUCGCAAUGGCAGUGGGAGGCCACGUUAGUGUUCCAACCGCUCUCUUUUACUGGGCCGCUCAACUUAUAGCCUCUGUCAUGGCUUGCCUUGUUCUAAGGGUCAUUGUUGUUGGAAUGCAUGUUCCAACGUACACGAUUGCAGAAGAGAUGACAGGGUUUGGAGCAUCAGUGUUGGAGGGACUUCUGACAUUUGUUUUGGUGUACACUGUGUAUGCAGCGAGGGACCCUAGGCGUGGUCCAUUGACUUCCAUUGGGACACUUGCGAUUGGCUUAAUGGCUGGGGCAUGUGUCUUAGCCGCAGGUCCAUUCUCUGGAGGAUCAAUGAACCCUGCCUGUGCUUUUGGUUCUGCUGCUAUUGCGGGCAGUUUCAGGAACCAAGCAGUGUAUUGGGUUGGACCCUUGAUUGGUGCCACCGUGGCUGGCCUUCUUUAUGACAAUGUGCUGUUCCGUUCUUACCCUGCAGAUUCAACUAGAGGGGAAGGAAUUGGGGUGUAAACUACUCUAGUAAUGUUUUGUUUGUUGUGUAAGAAUUUGUAGUGUUGAACAUUUUAUGUUUCUUAACUCUGUUGCGCUGGUAAAUAUUUCCUAACAACUUGUAGUGACUGAAAAUUUAGUAUGUGAUGUUAGAAGUGUU